CGGAUAUGACGUGAGGUACAGAAUCAAAACAGUUGAGAUUUGACAGCUCGGGCAUCGUCCCGAUAACGGUUUAUAAAAUGCAAUGGGAAACGGUUCUGUCACGCUCAGAAACAAACCACCGUGUCUAGUCGACGUCUUCAGAGACCGGGGCGACGUUUCAUCGAGCUGUCGAGGGAUGUCAACGCGAGGAAAUAGACUCGUUCGGCUCAGUUUGAUCCGGCACCGGCCGCUAGCUUAGCUUCGGCGGCUAACGAAAGUUGCUCCAUGGCCGAUCUAUGGGCCGAACAUGACCAUAUAUAGACCGGCCACAGAGCUCCCGUCGCCGGUGAAAUGUAAACGAUGAGGAGAGGCUGACAAAGGGACAAGCGAAAACAAAACACUACAGAUAAAACCCAGACCCAGUGGCUCUCACCAUGUCGUCAUCCGACCAGAUCAUCGCCAUCGUCAUGGACGACAAAAUCUACGAGGUGAACAAGAAGAAGCUGAUCGAGAAGAGCGACUACUUCCGCGCGCUCUACAGCUCCGGCAUGCGGGAGUCCACGGAGGACUCGGUGCGGCUGCAGGGGCUCAGCGUGCCCGGCCUGGAGCUGGUGCUGGAGUUCAUCAACACGUCCAAGGUGCAGGUGGUCAACGAGACGCUGGAGGACCUGAUCGAGACCGCCUCCUUCCUGCAGGUCACCUCCAUCCUCAAGCUGCUCACCUCAGAGAUCCGGCAGGACAACUGCGUGGAGCUGUACAGCCUGUCCGAGGUGUACGGGACGCACGACCUGCGCAACGCCUGCCUCAAGUACAUGAGCUGCCACUACCACCCCAUGCUGAGGCGGCCCGAGUUCGGCAGCCUCCCCCCCGCGGUGAGGGACCAGGUCGGGGAGAUGCGCAUGAAGGGCACCGCCACCCUGAUCGCCAUCGGGGACUUCACCUGCCUCUCGCUGGACGUGCCCGAGGACGAGCCCUGGUCCAUGCUGAGGUACGGCGAGGUGGAGCAGCGCUGGAAGCCGCUCGCCAACAACCUGCCCCCGGACAUGAUCAACGUCCGGGGGUACGGCUCGGCGGUGCUCGACAACUACCUGUUCAUCGUCGGCGGCUACAGGUUGACGAGUCAGGAGAUCUCGGCGGUGCACUGCUACAACCCCAGUCGGAACGAGUGGAACCAGGUGGCGCCGCUCAACCAGAAGAGGUCCAAUUUCAAGCUGCUGGCGGUGCAGGGGAAGCUGUACGCCGUGGGAGGCCAGUGUCUGGGCACGGUGGAGUGCUACAGCCCGGAGCAGGACUGGUGGACCUGCGUGUCGUCCAUGCCCGACCCACUGGCUGAGUUCUCGGCCUGCGAAUGCCAGGGAAUGAUCUACGUCAUGGGUGGAUACACUGCAAGAGACAGGAACACGAACGUCCUCCGCUACUGCCCGACCUCCGACGACUGGACGGUGUUCCGCUCCUGCUCGGCGCACAUCCGCAAGCAGCAGAUGCUCUCGGUGGAGGACACCAUCUACCUGGUGGGCGGCUACACGCACGAGCUGGAGACGAGCAGCCGGCGGCGGCCCAGCCAGACGGAGGACGUGCUGACGGUGCAGUCGUACAACGUCACCACAGGCGAGUGGGUCCAGCUGAAGGAGAACACGUCCAAGUCGGGCCUGAACCUGACGUGCACGCUGCACAACGACGGCGUCUACAUCAUGAGCCGCGACGUCAGCCUGCCCACCAGCCUGGAGCACCGGGUCUUCCUCAAGUACAACAUCUUCUCCGACGCCUGGGAGGCGUUCAGGCGCUUCCCGGCGCUCGGGCAGAACAUGCUGCUGUGCUCGCUUUACCUCCCCAACAUGCUUUGAUGGACAGAGACGAUGGGACAGACUUUCAGGAUAGUGGCGCCCGUUAAUGGAAAGCCAGUGGAGUGGGUUUGCUUGUUCCAGCACAGAAUGCAGCUCUGUGGCGUUAACAGGGAACAGCGUCUGGUUGCCAGGUUAAAAAACUCGUGGCCAAUGUGCCUCAAAAGAAAAAAAUAUAUAAAUAAAAAGCACUACUUUGUACAUAACUUCUGUGGAUGCAAAUACAAAGGCUACAAUGACAAGUAUGAAAGCGAUAAAGCGCCAUGACAACCGCAUCAUAACAGCCGGUCCCAGUUUGUGCCUCAUGUUUUAGCAUAAAGGUAAACUCUGUUUAUCUGAAAAAUAAUAACUCAGCAAUGUUUAGGAAAACCUAGUUAUGAAGGUUCUGAAGUUAUUUCCUGAAUCUCUCAACCAUCAGGGUGAAAAAAAUAUUCUGCGUACUGGACGAUGAAAUUUCUUUUUAACCCGUUUCCCAAUUUAUGACUAAUUCAGGUGUCGUCUAUGUUUAGGUUUGGAAACAAUGAUUUGAUUACAAUUAUUUAAUUUGAUAUAAAUUUAGAAAUCCUUUUUUUAAAUAAUGCAGCAGGUUGAAUAUUUUUUCAUCCAGAUAUUUAGAAGAGUCUUGACAAACCUACUGAACAGUAAUCAUUAAUAACCUGGGUUUUUUAAACUUCACCAGGUUUUUGAUUUUGCAGAGAAACAGAUGGUUCCUCAAACUGGGAUUCAAACAUGAUACUAAUACACGACCGGCCCAAACCGGGGUCUAUAUAUAUAACGGCAUGCUUUCAAAUCUAUGGGCCUCAAAAAUUCCUGAUGUUUACACUCCCAAAUAUGGCAUCGGUGUACAUUUCUCUCCAUAACUCUACUACAGUCCUUCAAAUUUCUCAGAAAAAAACACAUUUCUCGUCUUUUAUGUAUUGUUACAUUGCAGAUAAUCGUGAAAAUGGCUUUGGUUUUACACUGCCACUUGUAUGGGGAGACUGGAAGUUUCCCCGAGAGCGAUCGCGUGAAGUGGCUCAGACGGAGCUUUAUUUACUGUACGUACACUCGUACACUUUGUCUCUAGAGAUAUACUGUACACUAAAGCAAAAAGCUUCAAAGGGCAAUUCCAUGAAAUCAACGACGCACCUGUGCCUUCCGCAACCUCAGUUAAUAGAAACUUGACAUGAAAAAAAAGCACAAAAUGCAAAACUUUGUUACAUUGCCAGCAAACUGACCAAAAACGGCUGAUUUUAUUUUUUACGUUCUGCUAAUAGCAGAUGUUGGUUUUUUUCCCAUUGAGGUACUUUCUCAGUUCCUUGAUUAAAGAAUGAGUGUGUGCACAUUUGAAUAAGGAAAAAAAUUAUUUAUAUUUAGUUUUGAUUAAAGAAUGACACUUGAAGUGUUUGAUUUUGGUGGAUUUCAUCUUUUCUCUGCAUUACAUAUCUGUUUUGGAAAUUUGAGGUCAUGAUGAAUAAAGAUGAUGAUGAUGA